UCUUGCAAUGGGCAGCAAAUUCCAUUGUUAAUUACUUCUUGAAAAUUAUGGAUUGGGUGUCAUUUCUCUGGAUAAUUUUCACACUCCUUAACCUCACUCUAUUGGGAUUAAAUUUUUAUGAGUUCCUAGGGUUCUCAGAUUUGGAGGCAGACUAUUUGAAUCCCUAUGAAUUAUCAUCUCUUAUCAACUACGUGAUUGUGCCCGAGUAUUUGUUGCAUGGCGCGUUGUGCAUUCUCUUUCUCAUGACGGGGCACUGGAUCAUGUUCUUGCUCUCGCUGCCUACUGCAUACUAUAAUCUCAAGCAGUACCUAUCAAACAAACAUCUUGUCGAUGUCACUGAAGUCUUCAAAGUAGUGAAUACUGGGAAAAAAGCCCAUCUUAUAAAGCUGGCGUUUUAUGUCAUCUUCUUUGGUUUGGUCAUCACAAGGAGCUGAGGCUGGGGUUGGGGCUGGUUCUGGGUCAGGGGCUGGUACUGGCGCUGGCUCGGGUUCAGGGGCACGUGCUGCUACUGUGGCAGCUCCGAAGGUGCCGAAGAAAGUUGUUAGAAAAAGGAAGAUGGAGGAUAAGAUUGAUGGAGUCCUUUCACUGAUGAGUCAGAUCCACACCGACACAAAUGACCGCUUUAAUGAAAUUUCAACUAGGAUUGGUUAUGACUUCGAUCUUAGUACUAAGCGGACUGAAGUUUGUGAUCAACUGGAAGACAUCCCUGGCCUAACUUUGAAACAACAAUUCUAUGUAUCAGAGAAACUAGUGAAGGAGCCGGAGCUUAUGGAUCUCUUUCGGGGAUUGCCAGAGAUUGCUCGUGGGGCCUUUGUCUUUGACCUACUAGAGAUUGUUGGGAUGCUUUAGUCGAAGAAGGCAUGAAGGUUUCGUUCGGGGUACUGUAUUUUGGAUAACUACAUGGGAGUUUUUUUGUCAAUGAUACUACUGAAGAGUUGUCGAAGCAUUUACACAUGGUGAUGGUAUAUGUUUGACCACAACUCUUUUCUUUAGUAUAAUUUUUUGUAUCUAUUAAAACCAUUCGAACCUUAUGUAUUAGGUGAAUGUGUAUGAUAUGCUCUAACCCCCCAAACUUUUAUUGGCAACCCAUCAUUUAUAAUACUCUAUCCAGUAUCAGUCA